AUGGCUUCCCAAACACCUGUUAAACUCGCUAUUCUCGACGACUACCACAACAUCGCCGCCCAGCACCUCUCGAACAUUGACCCCUCUAAAGUAUCUAUCACUACCUUUAAUGACACCCUUCCUGCCUACACGCACCCCAAAACCACCGACGCGAACCGCAAAGCACUCGUCGAACGCCUCAAGCCCUUCUCCGUCCUGUCUACGAUGCGCGAACGGACGCCGUUUCCAGGCGAACUCCUCCGACAGCUGCCAAAUUUGAAGGUUAUACUUGCGACGGGGACACAGUUUGAGACGUUUGACUUAAAGACUGCGAAGGAAUUGGGAAUCCAGGUUGUUGCGGCUCCCGGGAAGGGAAGGACAGAUGGGAAGGGGAGCGGGCCGUCUGCGAGAGCGAGGAUUGAUAUCAAGAAAGGUGGUGGGCAUCCAACAACUCAGCAUGCAUGGGCUCUAAUACUUGGUUUGGCGCGAAACGUCGCUGCAGAUGAUGCGGUCAUGAAGGGCAAGGGAGUCCCAGCCGGCUGGCAAACGGAGCUUGCGAUUGGGAUGCAAGGGAAGACGCUGGGUCUCGUGGGGUUUGGCAGGAUAGGGGCGCUUGUUGCAAGAGUCGGAUUGCUAGCUUGGGGCAUGAAGAUUGUCUGCUGGAGCGCGAACCUAACCCAAGAGAAGGCAGAUAAGCUAGCGCAAGACGUAGGAUUGCCAGUCAUAGGCGGCGGGAUCGCUGGUGAAGAUGAGAAGACGUUCGGGGUUGUGGGCAAAGAAGAGCUAUUCAGGAUCUCUGAUGUGAUAAGCCUACACUACGUUCUCAGCGAGAGGUCAAGAGGAAUCGUAGGAGCGAAAGAGCUAGAAUGGAUGAAGCCUUCGGGACUCCUGGUUAAUACGUCAAGAGGACCGCUGAUCGACGAAGCUGCGCUAUUGGAUACGCUCCGGAAGGGAAAGAUAGGUGGUGCAGCAUUGGACGUCUUUGACAUCGAGCCUUUGCCAGCGGACAGUCCAUGGCGAGCUGAGAACUGGGAUGAGAAAGGCAAGAGUAGGGUGCUCUUGACGCCGCAUAUGGGGUAUGUUGAAGAGGGUACUUUGCAGACUUGGUACGAAGAGACGGCAGAGAAUCUUGAGCGCUAUGUUGAAGGAAAGGAGCUUUUGCAUUUGAUUACAUGA